AUUAUAUUGAGUACCUAGAUUGAAGCAUGUGAAUCAAGUUGGUGCAGGCAUUAACUUGACAGAUUCAGCCCGCCAUGUCCAGCAUCCUCAACUCCCGGAUUUGGCAAUCAAGUUGCUGGCGGGCCAGCUCUUAUAAAAGAUUGCAAAGCCAGAUCACCACCGAAGCCAAGCACAGAAAUUUAUCAUGUACUGCCCAUCGCCGCAUCAUGGAUACGACGGGAUUCACCGAGACGCAGCUCGCCGUGCGUCAAGCAGUCGGCCAAGUCUGCUCUCGCUUCUCCAACACUUACUGGCAAGAGCUCGAUCAAAAGGAGCAAGACCCCAAGGAGUUUCACGCGGCCCUCGCCCGCGACGGCUGGUUGGGCAUCGCCCUCCCGGAAACACUCGGUGGAUCUGGCCUGGGGAUCUCCGAAGCCGCGAUGAUGAUGCAGACGAUUGCCGAGUCUGGGGCCGGCAUGGCGGGUGCGCAGGCCGUUCACGCCAACGUCUAUGCCACGCAGCCGCUGGCCAGAUUUGGGUCAGAUGAGCAGUUGAGCGAGACGAUUCCGGGCAUCAUAUCGGGGCGGUGGCGGACAUGCUUUGGCGUGACGGAGCCAAACGCCGGGCUGGACACGCUGCGGCUAUCGACGACGGCGAAGCGCGAGGGCGACGAGUAUGUCAUUUCGGGGCAGAAGAUCUGGACGACGUGCGGGCAAGUGGCAUCCAAGAUGAUUCUCCUGGCCCGAACUACGGCGUACGAGGACGCUCCCAGGCCGAGUCAGGGGCUGUCGCUGUUCUGCAUCGACCUGGACCGAACGCAACCCGGCCUUUCGAUGCGCAAGAUCAAGAAGAUGGGCGGCAGGGCAGUCGAUGCCAACGAAGUCUUCUUCGACGGCUACCGGAUUCCUGCCAACACGCUCAUUGGAGAAGAGGGCCAGGGCUUCAGGAUUGUGCUUCACGGCAUGAACGCCGAACGAUGUCUUCUGGCCGGCGAGGCUCUUGGCCUGGGCUAUGCAGCGCUGACUCGAGCCGCGACGUAUGCCCGCGAGAGAAUUGUCUUCCAACGACCCAUUGGCAUGAACCAGGGCGUUGCGCAUCCCUUGGCAGACUCAUACAUGCAUCUCGAGGCGGCCAAGCUGGCGACAUACCACGCGGCGAGGCUGUAUGACGCGAGCAAGACGGACUCUUCCAUUACGCAGGAGGUCGUGGGAGUAGCAGCGAACAGUGCCAAGUAUCUCGCUGCAGAGGCUGCUUUUACGGCUUGCGAGAGAGCUGUGCUGGCUCAUGGGGGCAUGGGAUAUGCGGCCGAGUAUGAUGUGGAGAGAUGGUUUAGGGAGUGUCUGGUGCCGCGCAUUGCGCCGGUGAGUAGGGAGAUGAUUUUGAACUACGUUGGAGAGAAGGCAUUGGGACUACCGAAGAGCUAUUAG